AUGGUUGGUAAGUUUCGAUCCAAGUGGAUUGGCCCCUUUGUCGUGACUAAUGUUUUUCCUUCUGGUGCUAUAGAAAUUAAAAGUACAGCUUUGGAGUACUUCUCUUCUGGAAAUAUUGUGUGUUUUAAUUCUAGAGAAAAGGCAUCGGAACAACUUUUCGUGGCACUGAAAGAUGAUAAUUGUUCUAUGAUUGGAUUGUAUGGUAGGCAGGGCUCGGGUAAAACAACAUUGGCGAAAGCAAUGGGUGAGAAAGUUAAGUAUUUAAAGAUUUUUCAUGAGGUUUUAUUUGCCACGGUGACCCAAAAUCCUAAUAUCAGAAUAAUGCAAGAUGAAAUUGCUGACUCGUUGAAUAUGAAAUUUGAUAAAAAUAGUGAAGCUGGAAGAGCCAGUAGAAUAUUAUCAACAAUAGAAAGUAUGAAUUGUCCAAUUCUAGUGAUUUUCGAUGAUGUUCGAGCAAAAUUUGACCCAAAAGAUUUAGGCAUUCCUUGCAAUAGUAAUCGCUGCAAGAUCCUUUUGACCACAUGUUGCCGACAAUAUUGUGACUUGAUGUACUGUCAAAGGGAGAUUCAACUUGAUCCCUUAUCUACAGAGGAAGCUUGGUUUUUGUUCAUGAAACAUUCCGUCAUUCAUGAAAAUAAUGAGUACUCCUCAUCUGACUUAUCGAAUGUGGCACGUGAUAUUGCUUUUGAAUGUGAAGGGUUACCUAGAACAAUUAUAGAUGUGGGAUCUACCUUAAGAAAUAAACCAAUUGUGGAAUGGAAAACAACACUAGAUAGUCUGAAACAUUCAAUGGCCAAAUGGCAAAUUUUCCUUAGUUUUAGAGGAGAAGAUACGCGCUACUCUUUUACAGGUUUUCUUUAUCAAGUUUUAUGUCAAGGGGGAUUCAAGACCUUUAUGGAUGAUGGAGGACUGCAAACUGGAGACCAAAUUUCACCCUCUCUUCUAAAUGCAAUUGAAGCAUCAAGGCUUUCCAUUAUUGUUUUAUCCGAAAACUAUGUAAAUUCCUCGUGGUGUCUUGAAGAACUUGUCAAGAUUCUUGAGUGUAUGAAAUUGAAGAAUCAAUUAGUUUGGCCAAUCUUUUACAAAGUGGAGCCAUCAGACAUAAGGCAUCUAAGAAAACAUUAUGGCAAAGACAUGGCACAUCAUGAAAAUAAUUUUGGAAUUAACUCAGAGAGAGUACAAAAAUGGAAGUCAGCUUUAUUUGAAGUGUCUAAUUUAUCUGGAAAAACUUAUACAAUCGGGUACGAAUAUGAAUUUAUUCAAAAGAUCGUGGAAGAUGCCAAUCGUAUUAAAAGUCGUUUGCAAAUACGAAGCAUAUAGAUAUGGACUUGAAAGAAUGUCAAUCAUAUUGAAAAUCAUCUAGCAAGGCACUUACAUUAGGAGAAAUCAAAAUUAUGAAGCAUAUGAUUUAGUGCAAGAAGCCAGAAUCCAUGGCUCGUUUUGUUAGA